GAGCCAACUUCAUUAUUUUUAAGCUCACACCCAACUAACUCUAUUUACAUUUUUUUAUAUAUCUCUCUCUCUCUCUCUCUUUUCAAAAUAUGUGUUUACAUAUGUACUGAAAAACAGAAAUGAGAUUCUCUGAUGAAUGACAGUGUAUCUUAUGAAUUUUAUUCUUCUUUCUUUGGAGUUUAGAGAUGGGCAAUUGUGUUCCAGUUCUGAGGAUCCAAGACUCCACAAAAUCCAAAUGCUUGAGCCACCCAGUAGUCGAAACAUCGGUUCAGGAAAUCUCUAUCGAGUCCCAGCACCAAAAACCAGAAGAGCUCUGUGUCAAGCCCCAGAAAGCUAGUUUUCCAAAACAAAGUAGCACGGAAGAGAUGUUUUUUGAUUCUCAAGCCUGGUUAGACUCUGAUUGUGAAGACUAUUACAGUGUCAAUGGCGAUAUUACCCCAUCUUCUACUAAUGAUACUCCAAUCCAAAAGAGCAGAGCAGAAGAGACUCCUCAACAAGAUAAAUCCUUUCACAAAGAAGAUACAAAGAUCAACUCCAUGCACAGACCCUCUCAUAACAAGCUUCUGUUUGAGUUGUUUCGUGAGAGUUUUAAUAGUAAUGAUGGCAACCAUGAUGAGAUCAAACCUUCCAACUCCGCCAAUAAAAGCUCACGUUUAUCUGUAGUAAACACUAGUACUGUUCACAUUCCCAGGAAAAAAAAAACCACACAGCCUGUUAGAUGCUGCCUCCCAAAUCUGGUACGAAGUAUGAGCACUAAUGAGAGUAAGACUCUUACUCCAUCUUAGAAUUAAUGGUGUGGAUUGAAACCUGACAAAGUUUUUUUCUGUAAAAAAGUUUUCAAUUGGAUUAUUACAACGUCAUAAGUGGAGUCAAAUUGGUUUUUCAUUAGUUACUUUUUUUUUUUGGCUUUUCCAGGUUUAUUGUAUUUAUUUAUGGAUGAGAAGAGUUUUUCUAACUCGACAUGUAGUGUUGAGGAUAUGUAAAUCAUAAACAGCAGUUUAUAGUUUAUACUUA